CAUCACCGGACAAAAGGAACACAUUUCAGUGACAAAGAUACAGUUCAGCUCUUGUAAACUGACUGUGAACUGGGCAAAGGAAUUCAGGAAAUCUGCAGCGAUGAACCGUUCCAUGGGGAUAUGUUUGGUUUUUUGUUUGGCAACAUUCAGUUUGGCGUCUGCACUCCGAUGCUAUAAAUGCUCGGAUUACACCGGGCGCUGCUCUAACAUCCAGGAAUGCAGUUAUGAGGAUGCCUGCCUACGGCUACACGAAAGAGGAGGGAAGACCAUCCGCCAGUGCAUUCGGUACACAGACUGCGACAACGUGCGGCUCUCUCAGAUGUUCCCAGCAGUGACUUCCUUCACCUACAGAUGCUGCAGCAGUAACCUGUGUAACAGCAGUACCGCUGUCAUGAUCAGCAAACCCCUGCUGGGCUCGCUGGCCUCCCUGCUCAUCUUCUGGUGGUGUUUGCUCUGAAACAUGCAGCCGAACCCAUUCCGAACAGCGUGCCAGCCGCUAACGUCCGGGGAGGUAUCGCUACAGUAAUCGGCAAAGUAAAAACGGGAUAGGUAACGCAACAUAGAAACUCGAGUUAACUCCUAACUUUUGUAAUAUAAAUUAAACAAAAACAGAGCAGCACACCGAUUAUUAAUGAAACUACCGAAAUCAGAUCCGUUUGCGUGCACGUGGGCCGCGACCCCCAAAAUACAAGCAAAUUGUGAAAACUCAUGUCUGCAUCACGUGCGCACCAAGUGGUAAAACACGGUAAUUGCCGUGAAACUUGAAUGAGGAUAUAGCUAUGUUGACGAUGGUGUCGCGGAGCUUUCAAACAACAGAAAACAUUCCCGUUGUGGCACAAUGAAACAUCUGGUGGCCAGAAGAUGUGUACUUGUGAUGAGAAAUGAUGCUGUUUUUUUUUAACAUUUCAUCAGCCAUCAUAACCCUGGUCUUUUCCCGAGAAAAUCUAUGGAAAUCAAACAAUCCUCUUUUGCUAAUAUGUAAAUAUGGACUUUGGCAUUGCAGAUCUAAACCAAAAAGGAUUGUUAAGAUAUUUGUAUUUUUUCUCUUGGAAACUUUUGAAACAAUUUCAUAAGACAUAAGAGGCCUAAAGAAGCUGGAAUAAUGUAAUUUCUUAGCUGGCGUGUUUUCCGUCGUACUUCACGUAGCGCUUCGGCGGGUUUAUAUAAACACGGGAGCACUUUUAAUACAAACUGGUACUUAGAACAGCGAGGCACACGGUUAUGAAAAUAAACCUAAUUGUAAGUAACUGUCUACAGAAUGAUAUCCUACUGAUUCCGUUUACCGGUAUUAAUAACAGCGUUGCAUUCGAAGGGGAAAGCGGAGAAAAGGAAACUGUUUUAAAAGCACGUGAGAAAAUGAGGAGGAAGUCAUUUGCGCCAUUGGUGGCACAUGGAACCAGUGCUCUUAACUUUAUCCACCAGGCCUUAUACAGCUAUGAAUAACCGAACUGUAGGAGGGAUUCGCGGAUGAGGAGCUAUAAGCUCUCCGAUGGCGUUCGCGCGUCCAUUAUCCUCGGAAACGCACCGAUGUUGCCGCCUUUCUCACUAACCGCGCAGCGCAAUAAAAUUAAACUGUUUAAACUGCA